CUACGGACCUCUGCUCCGUGUAGCGUGUGUUUUGUUUGUUAUAGUUUAAUUUCUUUUGGUAGAUGUAUGAUUUUUUUCUUUUAAUUGGUUUACGGUUAUUUGUUUUGUUUAGCUUCAAUUCUGUAUUUAUGAAGUGAUUUAUUUCCUUUUUACCUCCAGUCCAUGUUACGAUUUGGGAGGCAGUAAGUUACUUCUACCCUCGUUGCACGAGCUGGAAGUUUUUCUUUGUUUUUAUUAUUGGUUAUGUUGGAUUCUGUUAACGUAUAUUUUGUUACAUUUCUUAUUGUUAUAGGAGUCAAGGGCCAGGGCAGGGAGCUAGCCAGCCUUAGCCUGUAUGGUGGGUUUCCAGUCACCGAGUGCUGUGCAUUGCAAUUUAUUCCAUUUUGUGUGUGUGCAGUUAGACUUGUGCACAUGGUGUUGUGUGUGUGUGUGUGUGCUACAUAAACUCGAGGCUUGUUGCUGGCUACCUACCCCUGGUGACCUUGCGCUCCUUGAUGUGGGUGUUUGUAAGGGCAGUUUUAGAUCUACUGGCUGCUAACGUUACCCAACUUUCUUAAAUAUUUAUUUUUAUAUUGAAUAAAAUUUGUAUCUUUUUAUAUAUCCACGUCUUGUGUCCCUUGUUUAACCUAACGAACCUGUGUGCCUCUUGUGGGUAUUCAUUUCCCUGUUAACAGGGUGGCUUAGUCUGCUGCUAUUGUCGUGUCUGACCCUUUCCCCAUACCACUUCGUCACACUUAACUGGAAUCACUAGAUUCAGAUUACUGCCCUCUUGUUUGUUCACUGCAACAAAAACAUGUUACACUCAAGAUCUCAACACAUUCACUAGUCUUCAUAUACAGGACGUCUUUACUGCCUUGAGGAUGGAUCUACUAGAUUAUCCCAUUCCAGAACUGGACGCUACUCUGCAGGAAGCUAGCCGGGUGCUUCAGCUCACUUUAAAUCCAGAGCAGUACCAACACUAUAAAAAUGCCCUCCUACAACAGAGUGAUACUCUUCAAGAAGCCCAAGAACACCUGAAGGCACAGGCCUUUGGAUGUGAGAACUGGGUGACGGAGGAAUUCAAAAAGCGUCUGCUCUCCUGCUAUGAUCCCCUUCCCACUUCCACAGCUAUUCCUUCUGUCCUUCCCUCUUCUAAGCUAUUGGGGGAGUCUGCACAAAUAGAGCGGGCUACAGCUUUACUGUGGGCGGUUGCUAAGCUGUACAGUGAACCUUGCCUGGUGGAAGGGGAUGUGCCAACUGAGAGAACGCAGCAGUCACAGGUUUUUGCAGCUAAUCGUCUACCAGGCAAGAACCACGAUGAGCUAAAGAUAUACACAGACAGCCUUCAUGCCAUGUUGAUCUGUCGAGGUGGUAUAUUUCCCAUUCAAAUUUUACACCAAAAACGUUCAGGGGAACCAUUAUAUUCUUUAGGUCUCAAUGACAUCUACACCCAGUUGGUCCAUGCUGUGAGUCACCCAGCAUCAGGUCCUGAACAAGACCCAUCCAAUAUCUGUGGUCUGACAUCUCUCCAUCGCCAAGCUUGGCACGCUGUCAGAACGGACAUCUUAAAGGAAGGGGGUGAAGCAGCAGAAUCACUUAAAAUGAUGGAGACUGCACUUCUGGCUGUUUCCUUGGAGGACUACCCGGCACCAUCUGACCUUGCAGAUAUUCUCAAUGCUGUCCGCCUAGGGGAAAAAGAUCGACCAUGUUUCAGAUACUAUGACAAGGUGGUGAACUUGGUGGUUUUCCAAGAUGGCCAAGCGGGCAUGCUGUUUGAGCAUAGCGCCCUGGAUGGAAUGGUAGCUGGACUUUUAGUUGAACGUCUGUGGCAGCUGUCAGAAUCCCAAAACAAAAAAAUGAACACCCAGACCAAUGGGUCAGCUCCGCCCUCAAAUACCAAUUUUCUUCAUCCAACACCUUUGAAAAUCCCACUGGAAAACAUAACUUUACCAAAUAAGUCUCUUUCUAACGUUCCACAAGCAAGCCAGUCUGUCACGACUUUUGAAAUUGAAUCUUAUCCAGAUGUGUUCACCACUAUAAGAGGCCACCGAGGUUUAUAUGAUGCAUGGAUUAAUUUUACUCUGCAACUGUCCCUGAGGCAAACACUUGGGGAGGCUGCAACUAGCCAUAUCAUGGUCACACCCACUCACAUGCGUCACUUCAAACACGGCCGCUGUGAUCCCACAUACUCAACCACUGUGAGAUCUCGUCAGCUUGUUACAGCUUUGGCAUCCUGCAUUGGCCCAGAUGACAAUCACCGGUACACAAAUGACCUGUUCAGACUCUUUCAUCUAGCGUUUGUUGAGCACAAAAACCUCAUCAAAGCCACAAAACUUGGCCUUGGUGUUGGGCCUCAUCUGGCAGCCCUACGCAGAUUUAUGCCUCAAGACAGUGCACUGAAGAAAUUUCUUGAUCCUUUUGGAUGUCCAUCUAUUUACCUGACUGGAUCAGAUCUGAUGGAGGGAGUUGAGUGUGCUGUUGGCAAUGUGUAUGCUACAGACCAGCUGGCUGUCACAUACCUUGGCAGGAAGGACAGGGUUCGUCUUGUAUUGAAUGGAAAGGGUGUUUUUGCCAGUGUCUUGGGAAAUCUCAAAGAACGACUUGAGUUCAAUCUAAAGUUAGUAAUUCUCCUGGCGUUAAGAUACGCCAUUGCUGGGCAGAUGGGAGCCAUUGAGUGCCUCCUGCAAGACAAUGAAGAAAGAGAAGCAGACUCCACCCAUAAAAUCAAACAAGAUUUUACCUUGGUGAUCCAUGGUGGGGCAGGGGAGGAAAUGAUGCUGAAUCAAAAGGUUACUGAGGUCAUCGAAUUUGCCCUUCAAACAGCUCUAACUCUUGGAGCACAGGUACUUACUUCAGGAGGUAGCAGUCUGGAUGCAGUCCAAAGAAGUGUGGCUGCACUGGAGGACUGUUUCUUGUUCAAUGCUGGCAAGGGGUCCGUAUAUAACAGGGAUGGAGAGCAUGAAAUGGAAGCCACUAUUGUUGACGGACAUGGGAAGAACUCUGGAUCAGUGGCUUGUUUGCGAAAAGUGAAAAACCCAAUAAAAGCUGCCCGCUGCAUCAUGGAAAAAAGCAUGCACUCCCUAUUGACUGGACAAGGUGCUGAAGAGUUUUUAGACAGUCUUGGAGAUAAAGAUACAGCAUUGAAACCAGACUACUUUGACACUGAUAUAAGAUACAAAGAGCUGAUUAUUAAGUCAGGUGCUAGCAAAAAUAACCAUCCUCAAACAGUUGGUGCAGUUGCAUUGGAUAAGUCGGGCAAGUUAGCAGCAGCCACAUCCACCGGAGGUUUAGUUGGCAAAUGGAAAGGCAGAGUUGGUGACACAGCUAUAGUCGGAGCAGGGGUUUAUGCUGAUGAGAAACUUGCAGUGACAUGCUCAGGUGAUGGUGAUGCCUUCUUACGCCAAACAGUUGCUCAAAAAGUAGCUAGUUUAUACAACCUCAAGGGUUACAGUCUCAAACGGGCUUGUCAGGAAGUAAUCCAUGAUGAUCUGGAAGAAAAGUGUGCUGGAAUUAUUGCUGUAGACCAUCAGGGUGUAGCCAUUAUUGAAACCAACGCAGGGGUUAUGUUUGUUGCUUCAAUGGUCGAUGGCAUUCGUCGAAACGAGGUUUUGCAACCUAUGAAGAGCUUUUCGAACGUGAUUUGGGAAACUGGACAAUUGGUAGCUUACUUGCAGUCCAAUCCUUGGACCCCAGGAGCCACUGUUCUCACUCGUAAAACCCUAAAUGGACCCAGUAGCAUCUUCCAGUUAGCGCUACCUGACUACAUAUCGAUGUUACAGGGUGCAAAGACAGUUGCUAACCUUCUUCGUGAGAAACUUGCCGUGCACCGUUGUGCUCUUGUGGUCAUGCCAGAACCUGACAAGCCUGCUUGCAUUAAAGUUUUACCUCUCCAUGGACUGGACCCUAACUGGACUCCUCACUUAUCUGAGGAAAUAGAGUUCAAUUCUUAUGACCCUGGUUACUGCAGCUCCAAAAGUGGUCCACGCUGUGAAGAUACCAGUCUUGACCAAGUGCAGGCAAAAAUUCGCUCUCGGCUCCCGACACCCAAUGCACCAUCUAGCUUUGAUUUUCAAGGAGAGCCCUCUGAUACUGGCCUAUUCCCCCGCAUUAUACGUGGUGAAGAGCAGCAGUGGCGUGUCUGGGAAGACAACGAUCAUGUAGCAUUCCUUACUCCCUAUCCAAACACACCAGGCUUUACAGUUCUAGUGCCACGAAAACCACUGACAAGUGACAUCUUCAGUUUGGAUGACGGUGACUACACUGCCCUCAUUGUGGCAAUACGAAGGGUUGCUCAUAUUGUGCAAGAGGGAAUAAACGCCCGUGGGGUAGCUCUCAUAUUUGAAGGAUUUGAAAUCGACUAUGCUCAUGCCAAACUAAUUCCACUAGUUUCUCAGCCCAAAUGCCUAACGCCACGGGAUGUGGCUCCUCAGAUCUGCCCAACCUACCCUGGAUAUGUAACAUCUAUAGAUGGCCCCCCAGCCAACAUAGAGGAACUUACUGAAAUCCACAAUAAGAUCACAAAGAGCACUCCUCCUCACUCCUGGGAAAACCCACAUACCCAUGCAUCAUCAGCCAUUAGGAGCAAAUGGUAUCGCAAUCUGUUUCAAAUCCAAAACACCCUUUUUCACAGCACAGUAGAGUACUUCCACAACAAAUGCAAGUAUUCAUACGCAUUGACGCCAAUCACAACUGACACGAUUUCCUCUCCAAUGGGCCUGGGGUCAGAUUCGGAGCCCGUGUUUGUCAACAUGUUGGGCCAAGAUGUGUAUCUUGCUGAUUCUAUGCAGUUUGUUUUAGAGUACUUCUUAAGGUUUCAGGAAGGUCUUCCUGGGGCUUACUAUGUGUCCCCCAGUUUCCGAGGGGAGGAUCCUGAUGCUACACAUCUCAACCAGUUCUACCAUGUUGAAUGUGAGCUACUUGGUGACAUGGAUGCUGCAAUACGUAUAGCUGAAUGCUAUGUUGCCCAUAUGACUCAAGCAAUGCUAAAAGAACACUCAAACAUUAUCCUUGAUGCAGCAGGUACACUAUCUCAUGUCCAUAAACUGCUCAAGAGUUUAAAAGAACCUCUUCCAAAAAUAACCUUGGACCAAGCCAUUCACAUAAUGCCUUCAUCUGACUGCCUUGAAUGGGUUCAAGAAGGACAACCCCAUUUUGGGAGAAAGCUAACACGUAAAGGAGAAAAGGUUCUAAUAGAGAAGUAUGGAGGUGCUGUUUGGCUAACAGAAAUGGAUCAUCUUGGAGUGCCCUUUUACCAAGCAUACGUUGAAGGUUCAGGACGAAGAAAAGCUAAGGCAGCAGACCUUCUCUUUGGAUUAGGGGAGACAGUGGGGCUUGGGGAACGUCACUCCACUCCUGAAAUAGUAAGAGAAGCAUUACAACAUCACGCAGUACAGGAAGAUUCAUACAAGUGGUACAUCAACAUGCGUCAAGUUAUCCCUCUUUCAACAAGUGGAUGGGGUAUGGGCACAGAGAGAUACCUAUGCUGGCUUCUCCAGCACAAUGAUGUCAGAGACAUGCAAAUUAUACCCAGACUAAAGGCCAAAAAGUACAUGCCUUAAAAGGACUUUGACAAACUUAGAACAAGACACUUGUUUUUGGAAAGCUAAAGGAGUAAAUAGCUUGACAUAUAUUGUAAUAAUGACAAACAUGCUCUUUAUUUUCAGCACGCACCAUUCAUUUUCAGCUUUGAUAUGAUUCCUGUGGCUAGUAAAACAACACAAAAUGUUAUAUUGUUAAAACGACUUGUAAUGACUCAAAUAAAAGUUUUGCAAUGACAUGAUUUUUAUGAUAGGUUAACAAAAGUUAUUUUUAUUAUAUUUUGGGCUGUCCUUAAUAUACAGUAUUGUUUCACUAUUUUGAGUAAACCAGUUUCUUCUAUGUUUGUGUUUUAACAGCUUUGUUCUGUCUUGGUUUAAAGAAAAAAAAAGUUUUCAAUGUUGAAAAUAUGUAUCAAAACACUCAGCUGUCUUAUGUUAUG